CCGCUCUUCCAACAUUUUGGCGAGACGCUCUCUGGCAUCACCACCAUCCGUGCUUAUGGCACCGUUGGUCAGUACCGUGUAGGUAAUUCCAUUCGAGUCGACAAAGCAAACCGGCCAUCAUUCUUUCUUGCGGCCACCGAGAGAUGGCUCGCAUUUCGACUCGGUCUCGUGGGAGCCACUGUUUCUCUCUUUGCUGGCUCGUUUUCUCGGAAGCUUGGAGCGAGCCGUAGGAUAUUAAGAGCAAUCUAG